AUGUUGAAUCCAAACGAGGUCACCUCAUUUUCACUGAAUUCAUCAAUUCAACAAAACCAAAAACAGAAAGAAAAGGAGUGGAAUUAUAACGGACAGCAAAGUGCACAAUUUUAUGAUUUUGUACGCACCGACGAACUUUCAUUUUCAUCAUCAAAUUGUAUUGUGGAACCAAAAGUCAUCGAAUCAAUCUUGACGUCAGCUGAGAAGGAGAUUGAGUCGUUGCGGAAUGUAGGAGGGUUUAAGGCUGCUCCAUCGGGUUUAAAAGAGGGAUAUGUGACCGAGCCUUCCUUUGAAGAAUUGCGCAAAUACCCAAUAGAUGUUCUCAAGUGUUUACCCGUGUUCAAAAUCAAGAGAGUACCUUAUGGAGAGAUAGUAUGGGAAAACGUCGAUGUUACUGACAUUAACUUGGCUGUCUGCGUCUUCAUCGAAAAAGGAUCUGUUGAAGUCUAUCCUGAUGGGGUGCAAAAGCCGCUUCUUGGCCAAAAACUGAAUAAAGCGGCUACUGUCACUUUAAAUGGGGUUGUCGAAGCGCCGGAAAUCUUCAAGAAAAUGUUACCGAAUAUGAUGAAGAGACUUAAUGUCAUAGACCACAACGACGAGACGAGGUCAGUCACAUUUACUGUUCCACACUUCACGAAAUAUGCCUUUAUUGAGGAGGAAGAGGAAAAUGAGCAACAAAAGAAGGAAUGCGUUCCAAAUGGGGGGAUGGAAAAGGAACAUAUUCAAGACAUAGAGAAGGUUGAAGAUAUGCAGAAGUAUCACUAUCCCGUUGUUACGUUGGAGAAGUGCAAAAUCUGCCCAUUCGAAAUUGAUUUUUGA